AGAAAAACAUAUUUUUUAAGCGAUGUAAGGAAAAUAAUAAAAAAUUCAAACUACUGUCAACUAUGAAUAACAAUAAAUCUGGAAUUUUGGAUUUAAUCACUGAAUUAUGUGAGAAAUAUGAGAGAGACCCUAGUAAAGUAAAAGACCGACGUUCCAAAUGUUAUGAAUUACUAUUAGGGAAAAGGAAAAUAAAAUUUAAAAAAAAAUUCAAAGAUUUAAGUACAAAUGAUCCUGUUUGUAAUAUCACAGCUUGGCAGUAUGUUCUCUCCCAUGAAUACAAGCUUACAAAAUGUGCAGAGCAAAUUGCUAAUCUUCAUAAAUUACUUUCUGAAUGUUAUUUAGCUGAGGGAAAAUUUGAUACUUAUAAUAAUAUCUUAAGAUUUCUCCUUAGUUUGAGAAAUAUACCGUCUAUACAAUAUGAUCAAAUGGACUUAUCCAUUCUUCCAGAACUUGGACCAAAUCCUGAUUUCACCAGUCUUUUCAAAUUACCAGAUUCAAUUAUCUCCCAGUCUUCUUAUUAUUCUGAUAGUACAUUUUAUUUUGAUGGGAAAAAAAAGUGUUCAAAGAGUAAUAAAUUGAAUAGGUUACCUUCUUGCACAUGUACAGAUAAAUCAUAUGAAUCAAGUUAUAAAACAUUGUCAGGAGUUAAUAACGAAGAAAAUGCAGCAAUUCUUCCAGAAGAAAAUAUCAGAGAAAGUAUUUGGGAAAUUGCGGCAACAGAAUUAUAUUGUGGAAGAAAAACCUGGGAAGAUUAUGGGCAAGCAGAACCAGAAAGGGAGCCAAUAUUCCUAUCAGAAUUGGGUGACUUAUCUUCACUGUGGGUGGACAAUUUACAUUCAACACGUUUCAAUAAAUAUUUUAGAGAACAUGUUAUGUUUAAACCUGAAAUUAAACCGAAAAAACAGUUUAUUGAUGACCUAAAGUAUCUACUUGUUGGUAUGGCGUCUCAGUCAUUCACUUAUAAUGAUUUUGGUGAACUUAUUUUGAUACCAGAUAUAACAUUAGAAGGAUUAACAGAAGAGACAUUAGAAGAAUACAGUAAAAAUUUCACUUUUAGUGGUACAUGUUAUAAAGGAUUAUAUCAAAUGAGCUCGCCCGAUUCGCAAUCAAGCAAAUACAGAAGUAAUGGUUAUAUAUUUGCUGAAUUAUGUGAGAGUAUAAAUAAAUAUCUACUAUUCUAUAGAACAGCCAUUAUGAGUAUUCCAAAUUCAAUGAAUCUCUUGGAAUUCAGUGAAAAAACCAGUCAUUUGAGAACACAAAUUAAUACACUUGCAUCUAUAUGCAAAAUUGGUCCUUAUAAAGAGAGUGAGGAGAUACCUCAUGGGGUUGCUCUAUUAAAUUAUUUAUAUCAAAUGGUCAUUCAAGUCAUAGAUAAAAAUAUAAUACUGGUGUUAUAUUCUAUUCUUUUUCCGUGCUGUCAAAUUUAUUUUGGUCGGUUUAUUUUGCAAUGGAUACUAUAUGGUUCAGUGAAUGACCCAUAUGAUGAAUUUUUCAUCAAGACCAAUCAUAAAUUUAUUUCCACAAGAGGGCGUACUUAUUGGACUAGAAGCUUUGUUAUUUGUCCAAACAUAAUUCCAGAAUUUCUUAAUGAUGUUAAGGACACAAUACUUCUUUGCGGAAAAAUGAUGAAUUUGUUGAAGGUCUGCAAUCCUUUUAACAAACUCUGUCUCUUCCUGAUGGGCAAAAAACCUAACAUAAUAUCCUGUUGCAUCACAAGAGACCAACUUAGCCUCCUUGAACAAAGUGCUCAGAAUUAUUAUUUGGAGGCAUUGGAAUUUUGUGGCCGCAAACAUUCUAUUGCUUUUUUGAUUCGAAAAGAUAAGGAGAUAAAUGAGGAUUUACUGGAAUUCAUUUCUGAAAAAAGGGCAGCUACAUUGAAGAGAAUUGAAUUAGAACGACAGACGCGUGCACUAGAAGAAUAUGAAAAGAAACUUGAGGAGAGGGCAAUAUUGAAAGAGCAAUAUGAUAUGGCCUUGCAUCAAAAGCAAUUUCAUAUAUUGCAGGUUAUCGAAAGGGAGAUCAAAUCAAUUGAAACUAGUAUUCAAAUUGCAAAGAGAAGAGAAUAUAUGAUUCAACAAGAAGCUAAAGAUUUGAUAGAUUAUUAUGAGCAGUUAUUUAAAAUAUCUGAUGCCAAAAGAGAAAAAAUUGAAAAACAUAUUGAAGUCUUAAAAAAAUUCCAAUUAGAUCCCACUCAUAAAAACAUUCAGAUUCAAUAUGGAGAUGAAAUACAGGAUAUAAAUUUGGAAAAACAAAUAGAAGAUGUGCAAAGUUUAGAAAACACCCAAUCUUCUUUUAUACCAGAAAUCAACAUUGGUGACUCUAUACAAAAUAAUGAAACCCCUCAAAUUCAUUCUGCAAAGUCUUUGGAUGAAUUGAAUGCUAAUAUGGAAGAAGAGACAAGUGAAAUAGAGCCACUUCAGACCGAAAAAAUAAACAAUAAUUCCAUACCAGAAAAAAUAAACAAUGAUAACUUCAAACAAACUAUAGAAAAUUUUGAAAUGGCUAAAAGAAAUAAGAGACGAAUUAUGAAUGAGGAAUUAGGAAUGAGUGAUAGGAAUGAUAAAACAAAAGCCAGGGUAAAUUGGAAUGCAGAUAAUUUAACAGAUGCCCAAAAGAAUAGAAUGAAAGUUAUGGCUUCUGAAUUUGAUAUAGAAAUCCAGCCGAGAGAAAGAUUAGAUAAAGAACUAACUAUUACUGAUAUAAAUAGAUUCAAAAUGAUGACAAGUACAAUAUUCAGUAAUGAGAAUUAUACAGAAAAAAAAGUUGAUAAUGAAACUACUAAUAGUAAUAGUGUUAAAGAAACAGUUACAAACAUCAAUCAAAAUAUAAGUGAAAUAGAAGCAAACAAAAAAAUCAACGAGAAAAAUGAGAGGGAAAAAUUGAAAAAAUCUAUUUCUUUGCAUUUGGAUUUCACCUUCAAAAGGGAGAAUAGUAAUAAUUUGGAAAUGGAAAAAUGUUUACCGAUGUCUAUUGAUUCAACACCAUUUAGUGAUAUAGCUAGUAUUUCAACAAUUUCAGCUACUAGCAGAAUGUUUCAAGAAGAUAAAACAAAUAAUAGUUUUCCAACUACUGCAGGAACAGAAAUGACAGAUGAUGGUGGCUUCAAAUUUACAGAGAACUAUAAUAUUCCUGAUUAUCCUGUUAGUCAACUUGACAAAGCCCACUUUUCAAAAGUUUUUUUAUUGGAAGAUGUGGAAAAUAUAAAACCAAUGUGCUUAAAAAUGUUUUUGAGCCAAAGUUUAUCUUUCUCUUUAGUGGUUCAAUUGAAACUAGUGAGCAGUGAGCUUUUGAAUUACUUCAUAGAAGAUUUGAAGUAUUUGCAACAUUUGAAAAAUUUGAAGAGUUAUUUCUUUCUGCAGAAUGGUGAAUUUGCCAAAACAAUCACAGAUAUUUUAUUUCAAAAAUUGUACAACGUGAAAUUUCCAAUAGAACUGAUCAAUUGCAGGGUUUUGAGUUAUAUAAUUCAUGGUUCUCUAGAAGAUUCCAACAAAACUGAUGGUUUCGAGAAUUUGUCUUUCAAAAUAAAUAAUCUCCCAGAAUGUUUCAAUCUUUGCGAUAUUGAUGUUCUAAAUUGCUUAUCUCUUACAUAUAAAUUGGAUUGGCCUAUGAAUAUUCUAUUACCAUGCGAUGCUAUAGCCAAAUAUAAUGAAGUAUUCAAAUUUUUAUUGAAGAUAAAUAGAAUGAAUUGGAUUCUAAAGAAAAUGUUUAUGAAUCUUAGAAUGCUGGCUAAAGAAACUGGUACAAAAGAACAAUACCUCAUGAUUUCGAUCCAUUAUAGAAGGAUACAUUUGUUUCGCCAUGUUAUGAUGCAUUUCAUACAGUCUUUGCAGAAUUACAUCACUGGAGAAAUAUUUCAAACACAAUGGUCUUUUCUAGAAGAAAAUUUAGAAAGUGUUACAAAUUUAGAUGAACUAUAUGAUAUGCAUACCCAUUACUUGAAAAAUAUCUUAUUUAUGUGUCUACUCAACCAACGAUCAGCUCCUCUGAAAAAAGUUCUAGAUAAAAUAUUCACUGUUAUACUUAAAUUUUACGAUAUCUUGCGUUCAAAAAAAUGGGAAUGUAAGGAAGGAACUUUCAAACAUCCAAGCUUCAAAAAAUUGGAGACCAUUUAUGAGAACUUUAAUGAACUUGUUAUCUAUUUAUUCAAGGUUGGAAAGAAAGUUGUUAAGAAUGGUUAUCAACCACAAUUCAAACACUUUUUAGAUUCAUUGAAUACUAAUGGAUUUUAUUCUAAAAUCUCAUGUGAUAGCGUUUGAAAAUUGAAUCAAAAUACCUCUAAUUUAUAUUAUAGAUAAUAUGAAGUUUU